AUGGACAAAACAGAUGAGUGGACCGUGUCUUCGGAAACGCCGUUUCUUGAUAGAAGAGGUGAUUCCGAAGGACCCUGUCAAAUGGAUCAAUUUGAGAUCGAAUCUGGCCAAGAUCCGGGGGAAAUUGUGAUAUCUCCUUUGACAACCUCGUACAAGGAGGAGAUUCUUUACGUUUUGAAGAGUUCCAUGCCAGUACUACUUACCUUUAUUCUACAAUUCUGUCUGCAGUCUCUUAUUCCAAUGUAUUACGCAGGCGUUCAGGGAAAAGACGUUUUUGCUGCAUGUUCGCUCUCUAUCGCACUGUUUUACAUCUCUGGCCCGGUGAUAGUCAACGGUUUUUCUACUGCUCUAGAUACCUUGUGUGCUACGGCAUACGGUGCAGGAAGCUAUUCCAAAGUUGGUGUUUAUUAUCAGAGGUGCACCACGAUCCUUCUUUUCAUGUUCGUGCCGAUUUCUCUAUUUUGGCUUUUUCCUGGUCCUUUCGUUAAUUCGGUUUCCGAAGACCCUCAGAUAGUGGAGAUGUGCUCGAGCUUUUUAAGUCAAAUGGUUAUGGUUGCACCACCACUAGUUAUCUUUGAAUGCACCAAACGGUAUCUACAGGCGCAGGCUAAAUUCAUUGUGGCUACGACUGUGAUGGCUCUUGCUCUGCCUUUGAGCGUUAUUUUGUGUCAUUUUUUCACUGAAAAGUAUGGCUAUCUAGGUCCCGCAUACUCACUGAUUUCAACUUACUGGAUUAUUGCAUUGUUUAUUGUUUUUUAUCUCUACCGAUUUGAUGAUCACCAGUGCUGGAACUAUCACAUAACUGCGAAGGUCAUAUUCCAAGGAUGGGGCCAGUUUGCAGCUUUGGGAUUUCCGGGAAUCAUGAUGGUUUUUGCUGAAAGCUUCGCUCAUCGAAUCAUCACUUUUUUGUCUGCUAAGUUUGGAACUGUGGAACUCGCUUCUCAAACAAUUGUCACCACCGUUUCUGCAUUCUCAUGGCAGAUUCCAUUUGCAAUGGGAAUUUGCUCCUCCGUUAGACUUGCGUACUAUAUUGGCGCUCGCUCCGAAAACUACAAGAUUGUGUUGAAGGUUGCAUUUGGAACCAGUUGCAUUAUAAGUGUUUUGAAUUCGUUAUUCACUGUCUGCAGUCGCAACUGGCUGCCUCUUAUCUUUACCCGCGAUCAAGAAUUAAUAGAUUACUCAUCAAAACUUUUUCUGAUUGUUUCAUUCAACCAGAUUGGGGAUGCAAUUAAUGCGAUUUUCUCUGCUCUCUUGAGGGGACAGGGAAAACAAAGAGCCGGGUCGCUAAUGAAUUUCAUAGCCUACUACGUCGUUGCAGUUCCAUUAGAGGUAUUGCUAGGGUUCUACUUUAAUCUGGGUGUGACAGGUUUAUGGAUAGGUAUGCUUAUUGGGGUCUUCGUUCUUUCAUCUAUGGAGGUUUAUCUUGUUGCCUCCACAGAUUGGCAUGAUGUUAUGGUCAGAAGCAGUGCUUUCAUCUAA